CAGUACUAGCAUUGCUUUUGAACAUGGACAAAGGCGUAGGAAAAGGGAAGGGGCCACCGGAAGCCAGGCCUCGCUCCCAGGAUCGCAAGAGAAGCGAAGUCCACAUAACUUGGGACGAGCCUACGAUCGCGGAGCACGACAAGCUAAGAGGGACCAGGCAAAAGAUAGACGAACCCUCUACCCCCUACCACUACGGCUCAGGGGAGUCGUCAACGGGCUCAGACUGCGAGAGCGCAGACGGUAAGGGGCCGUCCCUGUCGGCCGCAAGCUCCGCCUCAGGGAGCCCUGCCCAACGAGCGGGCCGGAGCCGAAGCGGCAGCGGCAGCGGGAGCGGCAGCGGGGAUAGGCGAGGAUCAAUUUUGAAGGUGAUGGCCGACGUUAGUGCCGCCCUUCCGAGUGAGUCGGCGCUGAGGAAAGAGCGGCAGGCCAGGUGGGACUCGGACGUGUCGGAGGGAAGCUCGCGCGAGGACAAGGAGAAGGCGAGGAAGUUCAAGCAGCACCGGGAAGCCCAUUACAACGAGUUCAAGGCCCUUCAAGAGUGGAGGGAUAAGCGGUCUGGCGAUGGCAUGGACGACGACAGCGCAAGCGGGAGCGACGCAGAGGAUGCGACUGAGGAACGGAGACGCCGUCGACCCGGUGGUGCUGGAGCUGGAGCUGGAGCUGGAGGUGUUGCUGUUGCCGCUGCCGCUGCUGAUGGUGAUGGUGAAGGUGAGGUUGAUUCUGGCGCCGGUGCUGCCAUGGUGGUGGAGACCGAGGACGAGAAAGCGGGUGACAAUGGGGCUGCAGGCGCCGCAGCCAUGGCGGUGGGAGACCGAGGACGAGAAAGCGGGUGA